AUGUCGGCCACUCCAUCAACGUCUUCCGCGCCCGUUGCGCACAACGCUCUUCCCCCGCCGUCAAGCACGGCGGCGGCGCGGUCAUCGCGGAUAGCGCCUCAUUCUCAUAUCAAGGGCCUCGGCCUCAGUCCUGAGGGGUUCGCGAACGCAGACGGGGCAGGGUUCGUGGGGCAGGUCAACGCACGAGAGGCUUGCGGCGUGGUUGUCGACCUCGUCAAGUCUCGCAAGUUCUCUGGUCGCGCUUUGCUGCUUGUCGGCGCACCUGGCACGGGAAAAACCGCACUCGCCCUGGCGAUUUCUCAAGAGCUCGGGGCGAAGGUGCCCUUCUGCCCCAUGGUCGGCUCAGAAGUUUACAGUACGGAGGUCAAGAAGACUGAGGUGCUCGCGGAAGCCUUCCGGCGGGCGAUAGGGCUACGCAUCAAGGAGACCAAAGAAGUGUACGAAGGCGAAGUCACCGAGCUCACACCGACGGAGGCUGAGAACCCUCUCAGCGGCUACGGCAAGACCGUCUCGCACGUCAUCGUCGGCCUGAAGACAGUCAAGGGCACGAAGCAGCUGCGCCUCGACCCGUCCAUCUAUGAAGCGAUUUUGAAGGAGAAAAUCGUCGUUGGAGACGUCAUCUACAUUGAGGCGAACACUGGUGCCGUGAAACGCGUCGGACGCUCGGACGCUUACGCAUCCUCGUACGAUCUUGAGUCCGAGACGUACGUCCCCCUGCCCAAGGGCGAGGUGCACAAACGAAAAGAGCUUGUGCAGGACGUGACGCUUGGUGACUUGGAUGCGGCAAACGCGCGGCCUCAGGGUGGUCAGGACAUCAUGAGCGUGAUGGGCAGUUUGAUGAAGAGCGGUCGGACGGAGGUCACGGAGAAGUUGAGAAAGGAGGUCAACAAGGUUGUGAAGGGAUAUGUCGACCAGGGUGUCGCGGAGGUCGUGCCCGGUGUCGUAUUUAUCGAUGAGGUCCACAUGCUCGACAUUGAGUGUUUCACCUAUUUGAACGCCCUUCUCGAGUCGCCCAUGGCACCUACUGUCGUCUUUGCCACCAACAGAGGCAACUCACUUGUGCGCGGCACGAUAGAUAUAGUGGCUCCGCAUGGUAUCCCAGUCGAUCUGCGCGACCGUUGCCUGAUUGUUAAGACGGACUCGUACACCACUGCCGACGUCGCGAAGGUCGUGCAGGUCCGCGCGAACGUUGAAGGACUCAAGCUCGGUGCUGGUGUGCUCGAACGACUGGCCACGGAGGGCGAAAAGAGUUCACUUCGGUAUGCCUUGCAGCUGCUUACGCCAGGGUCAAUCCUUGCGCGUCUGGCAGGCCGCGAGCAGAUAGAGCUUGAGGACGUCAACGAGAUGGGAGAGCUCUUCUUAGACGCGAAAACGAGUGCCGCCUCUAUCGGCACCACUGAUACCUACAUGAGCUGA